GAGGGAAGGAAAGUGAAUGUGGCGGGUGACCGGUGAAAACCGUUAUAAAAAUUUGAGCCGUUCGCGUAACCGCCAUCAACGUCUACUCAACAAACCAUAUACACCUCUUUCAGAAUCUCGAGAAUUCAGAUCGAAGUUCCAUUUUCAGAAUGAGUUUCUUUUUCUUCUUCUUCUUCUUCACUUGACUCAAAAUCGAGAACGCUACAGUGAAAUCAUGAGUGAGAUGAUUGUAUCUAAAGAAAGUCCUCGGCGAUCGCUGAGCAUUCAACUUUCUUCAUUGAUGAUCGUCGAUGCCGGAUUAUCAUCCUACGAUAAACUUCCUUCGCAAACUCUCACACUCUCCAUCCUCAAAUUGGAUUCAUCUUCCUUCCAGGUUGAAGUUGCAAAAACAGCAACUGUUGCAGUGCUUAAGAAAGCGGUGGAAGCGGCUUUUAGUCACGUACCGCUGGACGGACCGGAGAAAAUAUCAUGGCCACUUGUUUGGGGUCAAUUUUGUUUAUGCUAUGGAGAACAAAAGUUAGUUACAGAAACGGAUUAUCUUAGAGAUUAUGGUAUCAAGGAUGGUGAUCAGCUUCGUUUCGUUCACCAUGUCUCUAACAUCUAUAAUUUUCAAAGAAAACCAUCGAAGAAAAGGAUUGUCAAUUCGAAACAUGGGAGGUCAUCGUCACAAGUGAAUAAUAGGUGUCAACAGAAAGAAUUUAGUGAUGAAGACAACAUUGAUUUAGAGAAUAUAGUCAUAGAGAAUGGGAAGGUCCAGAAUUGCAGUGCAGAAGAAAAUCGCCUUGGAGUAAGCAGCAGGUUAACUGGAUAUUUGGGAGGGAUGUUCUCAGAGGCCCGGAUGGCAGUUGUGAGAAGAGCUAGAAUGGAAGGCGGAAUUUCCAGAGGUAUAGCGAGCAGUUUAAAGAAGGUUAAAGGGAUUGUAGGAAAUUGCAGAAAGCCGCAUCAAAGACACGCAUGGAAAGAAGAGUUUUCAUCGUGAUGAUUUUAUUCUCUUGUCAAUGCAGCACUGUUAAAGGAUUUUAUUCUGCCACAAAUAAUGUGGCUCAUCGUCAUUGUGAUAUUACGGUACAGUUUAUUCUUUUUCAUGUACAGAUAAGAAUAAGCAUUGAUUUUGUCUUCUGCAAACAUUGGUUGGUUUGCUUAAAAACGAUUAUACAACCUUUUUAUAAUUUUAAGUUUUAGAACAAAAGAAAAAUGUAAUUCAUAAUGAACAUAUCCAAUUAGAGCAAGAUUUCAUAAAUCAAACUUCAAUAAUGUCUACACCCAAGGAUUGAUUAAGACGGGUUAGUUCUCCAUUGAGAUGAGAGAAUCAUGUAUAUCAUGAUUACAAAAGAAAGAAAAAUAGAAAAAGUUAAAGAUGAAGCAAGUGAAUAGAGAAAGCUCUCCAAUUCUUACAUUCUUUUACCCUUCAAAGUUGGCAAAGUUUAUUCAUUCUGGUUUUUGUUUGAGCACUUGUGUAAACUACUAGA